CUCCAAUAUCCACCUCCUCCUCGCCCCUCUCUCUCUCUCUCUAAAAGAAUUGAAAAGAUAAGGGGGAAAUCCUCAAGUGCUCGUUACAUAAACCCUAACCUCGUUGGAUUCGCAGCAAAAGCCCACCAAUUGGAAGCCCUCCGAUGUUCCAGCUGCAUGCUGGAGCUGAGCCGUGCUCGGUUUGACGAAAUUUUGCAUCCCUUCUGUGCUUGGACCACCCGAUUGAGGCUGUUUCUCCGAGGGGGCGUGCCAGCGGUUUCGCGGCCCAGGUCCUCACCUGUGCUAUCCGGCGCCGGAUCCGGGUUUGUUCCGGUGAGAGGUCGGGCUUUUGGUGGGGUCUGUCCAGCUUGGAGCUCAAUUUGCCGGCCUGAGUUGGAGUCGCGACUGCGGUGGCGGUGAUUGAGGUAGUCGCGUCGAUUUGACACGCGUUUCUUCCUGCCAUUUGGGUGAGCCAGCCUUUCCUGGCAAUCUUGGCGGGCGUUUCGUCUUGCUGCGUGGCAGAAAGGUGUGACCUUUGUGCCGUGCGAUGCAUCCCAAGGCACGAAUCCACGCCGACCCGGUGCGCGAGGUCGACCACUUUGACUGCCUGCCGGAUUCGCUCGUCCUGCUGAUCCUGAACAAGGUCGAGGACGUGCGAUCGCUCGGCCGGUGCUACGCCGUGUCCAAGCGGCUUUGUGGGCUUGUCCCCCUUGUCCAUGAUGUGUAUGUCAAGAUUGACCGCGUCGUGGCGGUCGACGGCGACGCUGAGGACGCGCUCAACCUGUCAUCGCCGAAGCCUCGGAACAUCUUCUCGCACUUCCUGAAGCUGAUGCUCUUCACCAUCAUCAAGCCUUUCCACAACAUGCGCAACCCUAAUGGUACUGGGAGGUCAUUGUUCCCGCAGCUCUCGCACCACUCGCCAGCGCAGGUGCUCAGGAACUUCACGCACAUCAGGAAUCUUCGGAUCGAGCUCCCUUCUGGGGAUGUGGGUACUGAGGAGGGAGUUCUCCUGAAAUGGCGAGCAGAGUAUGGGAGCACACUUCAGAGUUGUGUGAUCCUGGGGGGUACCCGGGUUGACCGCAAGCCUGUUGGUGGAGAGCAUGAGCAGUCUUUGGAGGAUAAUGGAAGCAUGCCAGAGUCUUUCUAUACCAAUGGUGGGCUGAAACUUCGUGUCGUCUGGACAAUCAGCUCUCUAAUUGCGGCAUCAACGAGGCACUAUCUUCUCCGCUCAAUCAUCAAUGACCAUUCCACACUUCUGAGCUUGGUACUGACAGAUGCCGAUGGCCAAGGCACAUUGUGCAUGGGAGCAGAGCAGCUGAAGGAGUUCAGAGAGAACCAGUUGUCGGCCUCAGCAUGUUCCAACAGGACUCAGGUCCCAGCCUGCAACAUGAAGCUCAAGUAUGCUCCAUAUCUUGAACUGCCUGGUGGUAUGGCGUUGCAAGGCGCCACUUUGGUGGCUAUCAAACCCUCACCUGACGGAAGCAAUGGAAGCCACCCUAACCGUAAAGAAGCCGACGCAUUUGUCUUUGGAGCAUUUGAUGGGCCAUUUAAGGCUGCUGUGAAGGCUUUGAUGAAGAGGCGCACUUACCUUCUGGAGAUGAAUGGCUUCUAGAAAUCUUGUGGUAUCGAGCUUGUUGGUGCUAUGCAUGGCAUAUUUAGCUAAGCUUUUCAUCUUUGUAAUAUCCAAGAAAGCACCAUCUCUAGUUGCUGCUUUUAGUCUGCUGUUUUAGCUCUUUGUACAGUGUUAACAUUUGAUUAUAUAAAAAUCGUAUCAAGUUCUCUAGUGUAAU